AUGGUAUUGAUUGCCGCUGGAGUGUUCUCGAAAUCGGGGAAAGCCUUGGUUGCUCGUCAAUUUGUGACUGAUAUGACACGCGCAAGAUUGGAAGGAUUAUUGGAUGCUUUUCCAAAAUUGAUUGGAAAUGACAAAGAUGCGCUUACUCGUCAACAUACUUUUGUUGAAACCGAAUCAGUCAGAUAUGUCUAUCAUCCAUUGGACAAUAUUUAUGUCGUUUUGAUCACAACUCGCAAUUCAAAUAUUUUGGAAGAUUUGGAAACUUUGCGUCUUUUCUCGCGAGUUAUUCCAGAAUAUUGUCGCUCCAAUGACGAGAAGGAAAUCCUUGCUCAUGAUUUCGAUUUGAUUUUCGCUUUUGACGAAGUCGUCACUUUGGGAUAUCGAGAGAGUGUCAAUUUGGCGCAGAUUCGUACUUUCACCGAAAUGGAUUCGCAUGAAGAAAGAGUUUUCAUGCAAAUCAAGGAAGCGCAAGAAAAAGCAGCGAAACAAGCAAUGGCUGAAAAAGCCAAAGAACUCAAAAGAGCUCAAAAAGAAGCUCUUAGUCGUGGACUCAAACCAAGUAAGCCAAUUUUUCUUCGAGAUCAAUACUAUUAAUCUGAUUUUCAGAUUAUGCAAAUGUCCAAGCUUUAUCAUCGCUUUCAUCGUCUUCUGCACCAUCCGCUGUUGCUGAGCCAAUUGUAUCUCGGCCAAGUCAACCAGCUCCACGAGGACCAGUUGGUGGAGGAAAGGCUUUGAAAUUGGGAGGAAAAACUAAUGAUGAAGAUGCUUUCUUGAAUCAAUUGAGACAACAAGGACAAACUAUCACACCAGUUGCUAAAGCUGUGAGUUUGUUUUUCGUUAUUGCGAAACAUUGAGUUUGAAUUUGAAAAAAUUAUAGGGUCUUGGAUCAUCAUCUUCUUCUGCAAACCCAACUCCAGCCGCUCCACGAGUAAAACGUGAAGCAGUUCAUGUCAGAACUGAUGAAAAGAUAAAUGCUCGUGUCAGUCGAGAUGGUGGUCUUGAAUCUGGAGAAGUUCUCGCUACAGUUUCACUUUCUGUCGCCUCUCCAGACUUGAAUUCAGUUUCGGUGCAAAUGUCCAAUCAAGCGCCAGCUGGUGGAGCUCAAUUACAAGUUCAUCCAAAUCUUGACAAGAAAGAAUGGCAAACAUCGUCGAUUUUGAAAUUGAAAUCAAAUGGAAAACCCUAUCCAGUGAAUAAUGAUGUUGGAAUAUUGAAAUGGAAGCAAGUUCUAACUGAGGAAGAACAAUUGCCAAUUUCGUGUAAGUUAUGAUAUUUAUAUUGAUUGAUUUUUUUUUAAAUUUUCAGUGAAUUGCUGGCCUCAAGAAUCUUCCGAUGGUUGCCAAGUAAAUAUUGAAUAUACACUCCAAAGAGAAGAUAUUUCUCUUCAAAAUGUUCGAAUUGUAGUUCCACUUCCGUAUGUUUUUAUUUUCUUAUUAAAAAACAAUACAUUCAAUUAUUUUUGUAGAACCUCAACCGCUCCAGUUGUCAGUGAAUGUGAAGGAAGUUAUGAAUAUCAAAAAACUAGAAAUAUUCUUCUUUGGACGUUGCCAGUUAUCGAUUCGUCAAAUUCCACAGGAACUCUUGAGUUUUCUGUUCCAAAUGGACAUUCUGAUCAUUUCUUCCCGGUUCAAGUUGGAUUCCAAUCAGAAAAUCUAUUUGUUCCAAUCACCGUAUGUUUUUUUUGUUGAUUAUUGCUCAUAUUAAUUCAAAAUAAAUACAUUUCAGGUAACCGAUGUGAUAAAGCAAGAUGGAUCAGCGGUUCAAUAUUCUGUGGAAACUUCCUUCAAUUCAGAAAACUUUGAAAUUAUUUAA